AUGAAGUUCCAACUUUCAGCGUUACUUCUAGGCGUUGCCACCACUGCGGUUUCUGCCCAAAACAGCAACCAAACUGGUCCAUUCUACCUCCACAUCGUUGGCGGAGAGGGUAGCUCAAUUGAUGGCUACGCCGGAUCGUGCCACGCUGGAGCUGCCAUAGAAGGAGUAUGUUACGGCGCAGGAGGACUUCCCGAUGGCACCGAUAAUCACUCUUAUAUCUACUACUUCAACGAUACGCUCACUGAGGUCGACGGUGCGCCGGUCGGCGAACUAAUAUGGAAACUUCCAUACACCGACUCAGAUGGCAACAGCGCGACGGUCGAUCAAAUCCUGGGUCUGCAGUACUCUGUGAACAGCAACGUCGCCGCACCCAUGUUCGGCUUCAGCUACCCUUAUGCGAACAUCGGCUUCGACGCCGACGGAAAGUUGUUCGCCUACAACUACGUCGACGACUCGACGUUCACUCCCGGCACGAACCCCGCUCCUAGUGGCCAAGGAAAGGCGUACUACCAGUGGUAUGUCUGCUGGCAGUACUUCACGGGUUAUUAUUACCAGUCCAUCGCGUGGGUGGUCUCGGACCCCCCUCACAACCCGACUUGUGAGGCUGUUACCAUCAUCCAGGUCUUCCCCUCCUCUUAA